AUGUCUGUACCACGACGAACCCCAGGCGAAAGGCACCAUGCUCCGGCUCCACGCGCCCCUCGCUCGCGCUGCACGACCCUGGACAGAUCCCUCUUCGCCAAGACGCUCAGCCUGGCCGCCGCCACGGUGCAGGACAACCGCAACAUUGCGCGCCUCCGAAAGCAGCUCACCAAGGGCCGUGAGCUGCUCGAGUGGGAGAGGCUGAACGCCUGCAAGCCUGAUCCUGUCGAGACGGGAAAGAAGUGUCUUCUGCUGAAGGAGGGCGUCAAGGCUGACGCGCCUUCGACAUGGGGCCCUCUGCUGCAGGCGGCUGUCGAGGCCCAGGAGGUUUCCGUCAUUCCUUAUGAGCUUCAGCUCGACUACGAUUACUGGUCUUACCUGGAUGUCAUCAGCUCGAUCCUGCCGGAAGACCUUCACGGAGAGAUCCCCGUCGGUUUCAACACGGCUGGCCACAUCGCUCAUCUCAACCUUCGCGACCGGUACCUCCCCUACAAGUCCAUCAUUGCGCAAGUCAUCCUCGACAAGAACCCCAAGCUGCGCACCGUCAUCAACAAGACGGACAAUGUCGGCACCGAGUCCGAGUUUCGCACGUUUACCUACGAGGUCCUCGCCGGCCCCAACGACAUGGACGUCGAGGUCAAGGAGAACGACUGCACGUUCCAGUUUGACUACUCCAAGGUCUACUGGAACAGCAAGCUCGAGACGGAGCACUCGCGCCUCAUCCGCCUGUUCCAGCCGGGCGAGGUCGUCGCCGACGUCAUGGCGGGCAUCGGCCCCUUCGCCAUCCCCUCGGGCCGCAAGGGCGUCUUCGUCUUCGCCAACGACAUGAACCCCGAGAGCUACAAGUGUCUCGACGCCGCCAUCGCCCGCAACAAGGUCGGCCAGUACGUCCGCGCCUUCAACCAGGACGGCCGCGCCUUCAUCCACGCGUCGGCGCGCCUCGUCCGCGAGGCCGCGGCGCGCGGCGACGAGGUCGUCCUCCACCCCAAGACCCACUUUGUCAUGAACCUGCCGGCCUCGGCCACGACCUUCGUCCACCACUUCCGCGGCCUCUACCACGGCCAGGAGGCCCUCUUUGCGCCGCACACCCUCGCCCAGCUGCCCCUGGUGCACGUCCACUGCUUCGCCGUCAAGCAGGACGACGAGGUGCCGCUCCUCGACAUUUGCGACCGCAUCUUCCACGAGAUUGGCGUCCGCUUCAAGCCCGGAGACGCCGCGAACGAGGGCGAAAUGUCCAUUUACAACGUCCGCGACGUCGCCCCCAAGAAGCGCAUGUUCUGCGCCUCUUUUCGCAUCCCACCCGAGGUGGCCUUUGCCUCUGAGACGUCUUGA